AUGAAGCAACACAUUUCCAACAUCAAGGGAAAUGUUGCCUCAUGCAAGAAUUCUACGGAUGCCGAUAAAGCCAAAUGUAUAGCCGCAAUCGAAGGAGCAAAAGCUAAGAGAAAGCAAAAGGAUAUGAAUGAGAAGGAAGUAAGGGAAGAAGUUGAAGUUUCACUUUCACAUGAUGUAGAAGAUGUAGAAAUUGAAAGGUCAAGAAAAAGGCCGCACUCUCUUGGGCCUAUAGAUAAGUUUGCAUCUUCAAUCACUCUCGAUUCUUCAAUUGAUGGAAGCACGAGGAUGCGUCAACAAAACAUUAAUGAUGUCAUUUGGAAGGAAAGAACACAUAGUGUGCAUCAAUGGUUGGCUAGGUGGGUGUAUGAAGCUAGCAUUCCAUUUAAUGCCGUUGAUAAUGAUAGCUUUAAGAGAUUUGUAGAAACAGUUAGUCAAUUUGACCCGGGUUACCGACCUCCAAUUCUAUACCAACUAAGGGAGCCAUUGUUGAAGGAAGAGGUUGAGAGGACUAAAAAUUCACUCAUGAAGCAUGAAGAAGAGUGGGCAAAGAAUGGUUGUUCCAUUAUGACCGAAGCUUGGAGCGACCGAAAAAGAAGAAGCAUUAUGAACUUAUGUGUCAAUUGCAAGGAAGGCACUACUUUUCUUUCUUCAAGGGAAGAUUCGGAUCAAUCACACACCGGGGCCUAUAUCUUUGAAUAUGUUGACAAAUGCAUUGAAGAAGUUGGGGCACAAAGUGUAGUUCAAGUAGUGACGGAUAAUGCUACUAACAAUAUGGUGGCGGGGAAUUUGUUGAAGAUAAAGAGGCCAAAUAUGUUUUGGACUUCUUGUGCCACUCAUACAUUGAAUCUCAUGCUUCAAGGGAUUGGUAACCAACCAAGAUUCAAAUGGGUGAUUGAGAAGGCAAAGGCAUUCACUAUCUUUAUCUAUGCACAUCACAAGACAUUGACUUUGAUGAGGAAGCAUACAAAGAAAAGAGACAUAGUGAGGCCGGGAGUCACUAGAUUUGCCACUUUGUUUCUAACUUUGCAAAGCUUGAUGGACAAGAAGAGUGAGUUGAGGUGCUUCACCUUGUGGAUGGGGAUAAAAAAGCCAUCAAUGGGCUUUUUGUAUGGAGAAUUAUUUAAGGCAAAGGAAGACAUUAAAGAGGCAUUCAAACAUCAAGAGGCCAAUUAUCGGCCAAUCAUAGAGAUUAUUGAUGACAAAGCCCGUGGUCGUCUUGAUAGUCCAUUACAUUUGGCGGCUUACCUCUUGAACCCCUAUUACUUCUACAAGGAUGAAGACAUACAAUAUGAUCAAGUUGUCAGGGAAGGGUUCUUUCUUUGUGUGGAGAAGUUCUUUCCCGAUGACCUUGAGACCCAAAGUGUUGUGACAAAUGAAGAGUUGCUGAUGUAUAAGAGCAAAGGAGGUGGAUUUGGAAGAGCUUUAGCUAAGUUGGGAUGUGCAAAAAAUGAUGACAAGGAUACUGGUUUUGGGAUGACGAAGGAGGAACUCAUUGACUGCCUUGGUACCAUUGCUCAGAGUGGUACUUCAAAAUUCUUGACGGCUCUGAAGGAUCUUGGUGCAGACAACGGUUUGAUUGGUCAAUUUGGUGUUGGGUUCUAUUCUGCUUUUCUUGUUGCUGACAAGCAGCCUGAUGACAAGUAUGAGUUCUCAGAGCCUGCCCGGAUCCAAAGUUUGGUAAAGAAUUACUCGCAAAUUUUUCCAACAUCAAAUUUUUCUAAAAGAACUGUUGUAUUAUUCACUAAAUCACUUUUACAUUUGUUAUCUAUUUCGAAUGCAAUUGUUGGAAAGGGGUUGAUGUUAAACAAGGAAGGGUAUGCUUCUAUAGGAGGUGGUUCACCCUUGCGUAAGAUGACAGAUGAGCAGGCAAAUGCACUGAAAAUGGCUUUGGAAUCAAAGGACAUGCCGGUGAAUGUCUAUGUGGGAAUGCGGUACUGGUUCCCGUUCACUGAGGAAGCAGUUCAUCAAGUGAGUGUUCUAACUCUUGUAGAAAUAAUGUGUAAUGACUAG